AUGUUGAAAGGAAUGACAAGUCUUUUCUCCAGAGUCCAUAAGUUGGACCAUGGACGGUUUUUGUACAUUGGGAGCCAAGCAUCCCAAAGCAUUGCAGCUCACCUAGAUAACCAGGCCCUAGCGGACAGUUCCAGAGCUAUUUCUCGCACCAGUGAGAGUGACCCGGCCAAGCAUGGAAAGCAGCAUGAGUGUCAGCACUACACCAUUCCCCUCCAGGAUUUGAAGACUGUAUUUCCCCAUGGCCUGCCUCCUCGCUUUGCAAUACAGGUGAAGACAUUCAGUGAAGCUUGCCUUAUGGUAAGGAAACCAGCCCUCGAACUUCUGCAUUACCUGAAAAACACCAACUUUGCACAUCCAGCUGUACGAUAUAUUCUCUAUGGGGAAAAAGGAACAGGAAAAACCCUCAGUCUUUGCCAUGUUAUUCAUUUCUGUGCAAAACAAGACUGGCUGAUACUACAUAUUCCAGAUGCUCAUCGUUGGGUAAAAAAUUGUCACGAUCUUCUGCAGUCUACAUACAACAAACAGCGCUUGGAUCAACCUUUAGAGGCUUCAACCUGGCUCAAGAAUUUUAAAGCUUCAAAUGAGCGCUUCCUGAGCCAGAUAAAAGUUCAAGAGAAGUAUAUUUGGAACAAGCGAGAUAGCACUGAGAAAGGCAGCCCGCUGGGAGAAGUUAUUGAACAGGGCAUAACUCGGGUGAGGAAUGCCACAGACGCAGUUGGGAUUGUGCUGAAAGAACUACGGAGGCAAAGUUCUUCAGGUAUCUUUCACCUCCUAGUGGCAGUGGAUGGAGUCAAUGCUCUCUGGGGAAGAACCACCCUGAACAGAGAAGAUAAAAGUCCGAUUGCUCCAGAGGAGCUAGCGCUUAUUUACAAUCUGAGAAAAAUGGUGAAAAAUGAUUGGCAUGGAGGUGCCAUUGUGUUGACUGUGAACCAGACUGGUUCACUCUUUAAGCCCCGGUCAUCUUACCAGCCCCACGAGUUGCUGGGAAAGGAAGGAUUUGAUUCACUGGAUCCCUUUAUUCCCAUCCUGGUUUCCAACUACAACCCAAAAGAAUUUGAAAGUUGUAUUCAGUAUUAUUUGGAGAACAAAUGGCUUCAACAUGAGAAAGCUCAUACAGAAGAAGGAAUAAAGGAACUGCUAUUUCUGAGUAAUGCAAAUCCCGGGCAGCUGGAACGGCUCUGUGCCUACCUCUAG